AUGCUGGAUAUAUUUUUGCUGAGGAAAAGUGUGAUAACUUUACUCCAAGAAGUCUAUGAAAGUCAUCCGAAUGCCAGUAUGGUGGGGUUGUACAAAAUGCGGAAGCCAAUAUUGUUAGCGAAGCAUCCGGAAGUUGUUAAGACAAUUAUACAUACGGAAUUUUCGAGUUUCAGUGAUCAUGUGCCACUGGAUGUUAAAACGGAUCCGCUCAUGGCUUCGGACGCAUUUUUUUCGAGUGGAGAACGCUGGCGACACAUACGUUACGUCAUUACGAAAGCGUUUUCGACGAAGAAAUUAAAAAACAUCACGGAAAUUAUCAGGGAAGAGUGUGACAAGUUUGUUGAAUUUAUUGACAAGAAGUUGGAUGGCAAAGAAGUGAUGGAAGUGAAUGCUAAGAAUUUAUUCUCGAGAUUGACGACUCAGGUGUCGGCUAGUGCGGUGUUUGGUAUUGAUGGCGAAGCAUUGGGAGAUAAAGAUCUUCCUGAAUCAUUUAUUUCGAUGAUGGACGGAGUGUUUGAAGUGAAAACUUUGACGGGAAUACGCCAGAAUAUUAUUCUUUUGUUGCCAAUGAUCAGUAAAUUUUUUCAAGUGAGUUUCGCGCCCUCGUGGGUCAAUAGAACGUUUAUCAAAAUCGCUAAUGAUAUCCGUGAGUUCAGAAAGAGUCGCGAGAUUUUCAGAGAUGAUUUUAUGCAGCACGCGAUUGAUUACGAGCGCGAUGGUAAAUGGGGAGAGGGAAUGGUCAAUUGUCACGUGUUUUCAUUUUUCGCAGAAGGCUACGAAACUUCUAGUUUGACUUUGAGUGCGACUGCUUACUUGCUUUCGAAGCAUCCGGAAAUUCAGGAGAGAGUGAGAGAUGAAGUGGUUGCUCUGCUGGAUAAAUAUGAAGGAAUUUGCUAUGAAGCUGUUAAUGAAAUGACUUACUUGGAUCGAGUUGUUCGCGAAGCGUUGAGGUUAUUCAGUCCAGCUGGAAGUAUGCAGAAAAUCUGUACGAAACCCAUCACUCUUCAAGGACCUGAUGGACUCACUUGCUCACUUAAACCCGGUGACGAAGUAUUCGUGUCCAUCAUGGGCAUUCACAAAGAUCCGAAAAUCUGGAAAAAUCCUAAUGAGUUUAACCCUGAUCGGUUUGCGAAAAAUUCCGAAGAAAGUCGAAGCAAGUAUGUUUACCUGAGCUUCGGAGAAGGUCCACGCAAAUGUCCCGGAAUGCGCAUGGGUAUAAUUCAAGUUAAGUCUGCGAUAGCUGUUAUUUUGAAGAACUACAUCAUCGAGCCGUCUUCCAAAAUGAUUGAACCUGUGAAAAUAGACCCCAAGUACUUUAUGAUUUCGCCUAUCGGAGGUUUUCGAAUAAAAUUACGCCAUUUACAUACUCAAAUUACUUCUACUACUAAUCUACAUAAAUAUAAUUAG